GUCUUCUGUCAGUUUCCAGCAGUGUUUGCAAGUUUUGGCACACGGAGACUGACUACAGAUUCUGCACCCUCGAUACUGUCUUCAUUCUUCAACCUUGGUUGAAGCACAAAUUGUAUACCAAAAACCAAACGAUAGUAUCAAGCGACCCCAUUAAAACACCUCUUACAAUGGCAUUACCGUCAAAGUCCGCAGGUACUUCGUUGUUCAAUAACCCCACUCUCUCCGACGUCAAGAUUCGCCAAAUUUACAAAGGCAAGGCUAAAGUGUACUUCGCACAUAAAGCUGUGCUCUGCGCACACUCUAAGUGGUUUCUCAAAGCGUUUACCGGAACAUCCAAGCAAACUUCUGAGCAAACAAUCGAAGUGCUCGAUGACGACCCGAAGAACUUCAAGCUCAUGCUCAAGUUCAUUUACACUAUGGAAUUGCCUUCCCCUUCAUGCCCAGACUGGUGGGGUAUUGAGGCCAUAGCCGAGCAGAAUAUCAAGGUUCCCAUUGGCGUCCAUAUUCUAGCUGACAAGUACGAGAUUACUCCUCUCCUGCACCCUACCUGCGACCAAGUCGAGGUUGCUAUGCGCACUCACGGAGGGUCUCUGCGCGCUAAUCUCAUUGCUGAGGUUGUUGCAGCGUAUUAUGGUGCUUGUUCACACGCCCAGAGCACCAUGGGUAUUACCAUAGCACAGGGAACCGACAAGCAUGCUGGUUCUUGGAUCCCGCGCAGCCAGAUGCAUGCAAAUACUACAUUUGAUUCAACGGUUAAGAAAUACGGUUUUUUCGCCGCGGACCUUGUGCUUGCCUUGAGAUCUGCUGGACGUUUAGAUUUUGGCAGAUAGUCUUCGAAACUGCAGAGGUUGAGAGCGAACAGUACCACGGAAGUCAUGUCAUUUUGAGAGAAGUUUAUAGGCUUGCAGAUCAAACAAAGGUCGAUUCGGGCCAAGAGUCCAC